AGGAGUGAGACACCCGGCCGGUCCGGAACUACUUUCUUCAUACACGAACGUACCUGCAAAGUUUCAGCUUACUUGUUUUACUGUAAACCGAGUUUGCAUAACCCUUUGCAAUAGUUUUAGUGUCAUGAGUUCGGCCCAGCUGCAGCUGCGCAGUAAGGGUUAAAUGAAUACUUGGACGGUCAAAGCUCUGAAAUGUGGAAACAGCAGGUUAAACAGGGACGGGAUGCUGCUGUGGAAGAUGAGCUUACUGAACGAACACAGGCAGGUUACGAAGAGGAGCGGUCAAGUUUAAAGGAAAAUGAACAGCAAAGCAAAACACGGGAACUUGAUUUUAACUCCAGGGAUGGACUACGCAGCUCAGGUCUUCAGCACUCAGUGUUGAUUAACAGAGGCGCUCCUGAAGAAUGGAGGCCUUGUGUGAACCCAGAGGACCCAGAACCCCACCGCAUAAAGGAGGAGGAGGAACUCUGGACCAGUCUGGACGGGGAGCAGCUCAAUAUGAUGAAGGAGACUGAUGCUACUAGGUUUCCUUUCACCGACGCUCACCUGAAGUGUGAGGAUGAUGAGGAGAAACCCCUGUUGUCACAGCUUCAUGAGCACCAAAUCAAAAACAAAGAAAUUCCCAUCAGCACCUCAGCUGACUGGAUGACAUCUGCAUCUGGUGAAAAGAACUGCGAAGGAGCCGAAACCACAAGGAGCCCAGAUCUAAAUACUGAUGAAGAGGAUUCCAACUCUUCCGAGACGGAAGUCAGUGUGGAUGAUGAAGAGGAUGAUGAAGACAGCAGAGGUUCCGAGUCAGAUGUAAACACUGAGAACAUAUCCUUAAUCUGUACUGACUGUGGUAAAACAUUUGGUAACAACCAGUCUCUGCAGAGACACAUGACAAGUCAUUAUAAAAUAAGGUUUUCAGGUUCAGCUGAUCAAGAAUGUUUUGGAUUAAAGAAAAGGAAAGAUCAGACACAACAGAGAUCAUUCAGUUGUGAUGACUGUGGUAAAAGCUUUAGCCAAAAAACCUACUUGAACAGACAUGUGAGAAUCCACACAGGAGAGAAACCGUUUGGUUGUGAUAUUUGUAACCAAAAAUUUAGCCAAAAGCCCAACUUAGACAGACACAUGAGAACCCACACAGGCGAGAAACUGUUUGGCUGUGAUGUCUGUGGAAAACGAUUUGGCCAUAAGACAACUUUGAACGAACACAUGAAAGUCCACACAGGAGACAAACCUUUUGUAUGUGAUGUUUGCGGACAAAGCUUUAGCCAGAAGACCAACCUAGACCGACACAUGAGAGUCCACACAGGAAUGAAGUCAUUUGGCUGUGACAUUUGUGGAAAAAAAUUUGGCCAUAAGACAACUUUAAAAGAGCACAAGAAAAUCCACACGGGAGAAAAACCAUUCGUUUGUGACGUAUGUCAACAGAAGUUUAGCUGCAAGACGAAUUUAAACAAACACAUAAGAAUCCAUACAGGACAGAGACCGUUUGUUUGUGAUUUGUGCAGACGACGGUUUAUYAGUAAGUCAUGUUUAAAAACUCACAUGAUUAUCCACACAGGAAGUAAACCGUUUGUUUGUGAKUUCUGUGAACGCAGAUUUAGCCAAAAGUCCUAUUUAAACAGACAUGUGGCAAUUCACUCGGAGAAACUUUUUAGAUGUGAUGUUUGUGGAAAAAGGUUUGGCCGUAAGGCACACUUAAAUUCACAUUUGAGAGUCCACACAGGAGAGAAACUGUUCAGCUGUGACUUAUGCGAACGACAGUUUAAUCACAAGACAAAUUUAAUCACGCAUAUGAGAGUCCACACAGGACAGAAACCGUUUGGCUGUGACGUUUGUGAAAAAAGAUUUAGCCAAAGAGCGCAUUUAAAGACGCACAUGAGUGUUCAUACGGGAGAGAGAAAGUUUAGCUGUGAUGUCUGCCUGAAAAAAUUUGGCCAUAAAGCUACUUUAAAUGUGCACAUGAAAAUUCACGCAAGAGAGAAACCUUUUUAUUGUGAUGUAAGCGCUGAUCUGAAAUGACUGGUAAAACUUGGGCUAUGUUCACGCUGCAGGUCCUCUUGCUCAAUUUAAAUGUUUUGCUUAGAUCCAAAGGGGGUCCAUUAGCUUAUUAAGUCUCUCUCAGGUAAACUUGCUGUUUCUGCAGCUUUUGUUUUGGAAUCAAACUAAAUACAGCAAAUAACACUAAAAAACAUAUUUGUAUGCCCAGGUUUAAUGCAAAGGUAUCUGUUUAACCUUUUUUUCCCAAAAGCCCUCACGGUGACUCAGAGUGUCAAAUUCAAGUGUUUGUAGUUUAUCAUAAAUGUCGGCAAAUUUUAAUUCUAAACCAGAUUGAAGCAACACAAACUACAGUUUGGUUAUCUGUUUGCAUAAAAGUUGUUUAUAUUUGGAGCCAUACUGUGACGUAACUAAACUGUGAUGAAUAUAAUUUUAUUAAGGAUCAUAUAUGAAAACACUGUAUUUAACUAASUGAGCUAAAAUCUUUAAAGGGGUAUUUAUUUUAGCUUUUAUCACAACAAUGUCUUUCCCUCAUCAAAAACACACCCAGUGUUUCUUUUACUCAUUCGUUCAUGUUUGAGAAAUCCUUGAAUCUCCUGUGGCCACGUGGAGCUGCCUAAACACUUGCUGGUACAAAGCACCGCCUAUUUACACAAAGCUCCUCCCUGAAGCUCACUCCCCAUCUGAGUUUCUGCCCCACAGAGAACCCCUCCCCUGGAGCAUUGUUGUGAAGACGUGCUGAAGUAGGAGUGUCUGAAAUGGUAGGAAGCCAGUUUCAAGGGAUUUAGAUAGUCUGCAGCUUUUUCAUAACAACUGAAGUUAUGUUAACAACAUAGUUACUUGAYUGUGGUAYAGAACUGAACURUGUGCCUGGAAAAGACAUAAUUCUCUUCUACCCCUUAAAUUAUAACCCCUCUGGGUUAAAAAAUAAAGACAUUUUAAGGCAGAAAUUUAUCAGUCUGGCACAUAUAAAUGACAAUUACAAGUGUUUUAUAUGUGCUAUAAAUCUUAAAAAUAUCCUUAUGAAUUUAACAAAAAUACCCCUUUUAUGUCAACUUAGGAUAAACUAGUUUUAUUACUGUAAUCACAUUAAAACAUUUUGACUGAAAUUUUUACUACACUUACAGGUUGUUCAAGCAUUGUUGUCCCCCUCCACCCAAUAUCGCACAUUCAAGAGCUUUUUUCUGCAAACAGGUCAAAGUUUUUUUUUAAACUAAAAAGGAGUACUGUGUACAUGACCUUAGUAAAAGUACAUGGUUUAGUGUUCUCUAAUGAAGUGUUGAAGUUUUAAGAAGACUGUAACCUGCAACAUUUAGAUCCUCAAGACUAAUGGCAGUAUGAAGGAAGAGAGAGGUUUAAAACAGCUUUWCUUAAAUUACUUGUCAACAUCACAAUGAAUUCAAUUUACUAAAAAAAUGCUGCAACCUAUUGAAAGAAAAAAACACAUUUUCUUCCCUAUAACAAGAAUCUUUGAAAAGUUUUUUUUUAUAGGCACUGAUAUAAAAAAAACGACGUGUCUUGUUGAACUGGUGUGUAAACUAAUUUUACAUAUAAAAAUGCUGUUAGGAUUUUCUGCACCUAAAACUUGUAUUAAUCUUAUUUAAUUAUUAGGCACGACUCAUUCUGUCUUUCUUUGUCCAUUUCAAGUGUUUGCACCAGUUGUACAUGUCUCGUUUGAAUAAAAUAAAUUAAAAAGUA